AUGGCUCCUCAACUCGGCUGGGAAACCAAAGGCAGCGACCUCGCCAAGGAAUACGCAGACCAAAUUAAAGGCAAGACGAUCCUCGUAACAGGUGUAUCGCCCGGCGGACUAGGCGCGUCGUUUGCCGAAACAAUCGCCGCUGGGUCCCCGAGAACCCUCAUCCUCGCCGGUCGGAACCCCACAAAGGUCCAGCAGACCGCCGAUGCCAUCUCCGGCGCGCACUCUUCCGUGACGACCAAGACGCUUGAACUCGACCUCGGAUCCUUCAAAAACGUGCGAAAGGCCGCCGAGACGGUCAACGGCUGGGAUGACGUGCCGCACAUCGACGUGCUGGUGAACAACGCCGGCAUCAUGGCCGUGCCCUUCAAGUUGACCGAAGACGGCUUCGAGAGCCAGUUUGGGACGAAUCACCUCGGUCCCUUUUUGUUCACGAAUCUCAUCAUAAAUAAGGUGCUGGCCGCGCCCGAGCCGAGAAUUGUGACGAUUAGCAGUGACGGGCACCGACUGGGCCAUAUCCGGUGGACGGAUUACAAUUUUAACGACGGCAAGCAUUACAACCAAUGGCACGCAUACGGGCAGUCCAAGACGGCAAAUUGCCUCAUGGCACUGGCACUCGCUGAAAAGCUGGGUCGCAAGGGUCUUUUGAGCUUCAGCGCCCACCCGGGCGUCAUCAUGACCAAUCUGUCGAACCACCUUGAGGAUUUUGACUCUCUGAGUAAGUUAAAGUCGUCCUUAGGGGAGCAAGACAUCAGGAUGGGAACCAAAUUUAUGUGGAGCGACUUCAAAUUCAAGACGCCGGACCAAGGCGUCGCAACGCACAUUUACGCGGCGUUCUCCCCUGACCUGAAGGCCACAGACGUGAAUGGAAAAUACUUCCAGGACUGCCAUGUCGCUGAUCAGUACAACGAGGAGGUGUACCCGUGGGCAACUGACAAGACUGACGCUGACAGGCUGUGGAAGUUGAGCGAGAAGCUGGUUGGUGAGGAAUUCAAAUUUGAGUAG